AUGAAUAACAACGAGAUUUCAUUACCAACAACGAAGAUUGAUGAUAAUUUAACAUUAACAACAAAUAUAUCAUCAUCAACAAAAUUACAUACUUACAUACCAAAAGAUUUAUUUUCAUGUCUUAUUUGUUAUGAAAGUUUUGGUGUUGAUCAACAACAACUUGUAGCUCUGAAAUGCGGACAUAUGUUUUGUGCAACAUGUAUUCAUCAAUGGUUUACAACAAAUAAAGUUUGUCCAACAUGUCGCAAACGUUGUUGGUUAAAAGAUAUUUUAUAUAUUGAUAUAUCAAGUUGUAUUGUUGCAUAUGGAAAAAAGAAAAUUGAUAAUUUAAGUACUGAACGUGAUCGACUUAAUUAUGAUAUAAAUACAUUGAAAGAUUCAAUUAAAAAGACUCGAGAAUAUGUACGAAAAACUGAAAAUCGUUUAAAAUUUAAACAACGAUUCUUACAUCGUUUGAGAUAUAUUUGUAAACGAAAACAUCAUCGAUAA